GGCAAACUCUGCUGUUGUCCGCACACAGGAGCGACCAGCAGGCAGCUCUGCUUUUAGAGGCACUACACCAAAGGGGUCCCGGCUGCAGGGCUUAAAGGGACAGCAUCUGCAGGAGAGAUGCUUGUGGCUUGGCUGCUGCUCUCCUUGAGCCUGCUGCAGGGUGCCCUGGGGAGCACAGUCCACCUCCGGAGAGCCAACGACAGGCACGGUAGAUGUACCUACUCAUUUACCAUCCCCAGCCCACAUGAGGCCAGCUGUCCAGGGUCUGACCAGGCCAUGCCAGCCAUACUGGACCUGCAGAGGGAGAGCAACAUGCAGCGCUCAGAGCUGGAAUCUGCCAAGGCAAGGCUCAGUCUCCUGGAGAGCCUGGUGACCCAGAGUCAUGCUGUGGAGGGCUCCUCUGCUCCCACUGUGGAGUCACUGCAGAGAGAGCUGGCCAGCCUGAGGAUGGAGACCACCCAGCAAAAGUCCCAAGCCAGCAGGAUGGAGACUGCCUAUAGAGACCUCCUGAGGAACAGAUCUUCCCUGGAGGAGGAGAAGUGGCAUCUGGAGCGAGAGAAGGAAGAACUAGAAAGCAGGCUGGAGAGCAGCAGCCAGGAGAUAGCUCAGCUGAGGGCCAACCAGUGUCCCCAAGUUAGGGACACACCUGUUCAAGUUCCCCUGCAAAGGUCCAAAAAAGUUUCUAGGUGGGAUAUGGAGAGUCCAGACUACCAGGAAUUGAAAUCUGAAAUGACGGAGGUUUCAGCUUCCAGCAUCUUUCAGGAGAGCUCCUCUCACAGCCAUGUGGGCAUGGAGGACACAGGCACUGCAGGAUGUGGAGAACUGGUCUGGGUGGGGGAGCCCGUCACCCUCCGCAAAGCAGAAACAAUUGCCGGCAAAUACGGUGUGUGGAUGAAGGAUCCAGAACCUGCUUCCCCAUACACCCGCGAGACGACUUGGAGAAUUGACACAGUUGGUACAGACAUCCGCCAGGUUUUUGAAUAUGACAACACUGAUCAGUUCAUGCAGGGUUAUCCCUCAAAGGUGCAUGUCCUGCCAAGGUCCAUGGAAAGCACUGGCGCUGUCAUCUACAGGGGGUCCCUGUAUUUCCAGAGGCGCAAGUCCAGAAUCUUGGCCAAGUAUGACUUGAGGAAAGAAACCAUCACUGUCCAGAAGGACCUCACCAAUGCAGGCUACCACGGGCAGUUCCCCUAUUCUUGGGGGGGGUACACUGAUAUUGACCUGGCUGUUGAUGAGAUGGGGCUGUGGGCAAUCUACAGCACACAGAAGGCCAAAGGGGCCAUUGUCCUUUCCACGUUAGACCCAGAGACUCUAGAGAUCAGGCAGACCUGGGAGACGAACAUACGCAAGCAGUCAGUGGCCAAUUCUUUUAUGAUCUGCGGCACCUUAUACACCAUCAAUAGCUACUCAUCCCCUGAUGCCAUGAUCAGCUUUGCCUACAACACAGCCACAAGCACCCGCAAACUGCUGAAAAUACACUUUGAGAACCGCUACAAGUACAGUAGCAUGGUCGACUACAACCCCACAGAGAGGAAACUCUUCGCUUGGGACAAUUUCAACAUGGUCACCUAUGAUAUCAGACUCUCCAAGAUGUGAGGAGCCUGGGAACAUGAAAAGGACACACCAUGCUUGUGGCUAACUAAAAGCUGUUUGGCUAGGGCAGUAAGACAAGGCAUCAAUCUCACACAUUUCACUUUUCCUAGUCUUUCACGGGGCUCAGCCUGAACCCCAGACUCAGACAGUGAACCACACUGGGAUGAACAAAUUGAUCAGGAUUGGAUGCUAGGUGAGGGAGUGUCACAUCAGGACUCACACUGGCUCAAAAAUAGCAACACAGAGUGGGGGGGGAGGGUGUUUUCAUUGAGUUUGAGCAUUUGGAUGCAACAGGCCAUGUUCAGCCCUGGUGUAACUUCCUUCGACUCCUUUGGAGUUACACAAUGGUUGAAUUUAGACAACAUAAAAAAGAAUGCAAGCUUUUCAAACAUGCACAUCUGGAGCAUAUAAUCCAUCUGCAAAGGGAAAAAAGCCAGAAGAACAAAAAUCUACCUGUUCUCUCUACUGAGAAAGGCUGUGACUCUAGUCAGUUAAACUAAAAUGAUCACCUCCAUCCAGAGCUUUAUAUAGUUGAGCAAUGGUAUUAUGGGGAAGCAUAUUACCUAGCUACCAGCUUCACAGAAGGUCUCUUAAAUAAAUACCCAACAGCCAUCAUUCAGCCGUAGGCAGGCUGUGCAGCUGUUUAUGAUAUGAAGGAAGCAUGUUGUGCAGUCAAAAAUGAGCACAAACCAGAGCUGUGUUGACAGUAACAGAAUUUUGCUCUGUUGACCAAGACAUCCAGAUCAGCAUAGGCUGCAAAGCUGUAUGGCACCUGGUCUUUGUAGGAUCAAACCAAGUCCUAAAGGCACUGCUUCCAAACCCAGUGAAACUAAUGACACAACUCCCUCUGAGUUCAGAGGAGUCUAGCUGGGCCCAGAGUAGGUUGGGAUAGCAGGGGAUCUCAGCCCAGGCUAAAAACAUUCCAACUUCCUAGGUGGGCCUGGCACUAUGGAUGGACCACAUCUAUUUAAAGAAACUGUUUAAGCCCCAAAUUAUUUCAGGAACUUGAAACCCCCUAUAGUUUAGCUAUGGGAAUCUUCUUUGAGAUCACUAAAAGCUCAGCCCAAGUGUUUCCAUAGGUAAAUUUUGGAAUCUGAAAACAUGAAAAAAACUGAUUUUGGAAGA